AAAUGGAUCCGAGCAAGAGUUAUCUUCUUCCAAUGGCUCGUCUUGGCAACGGUUCCAAAGGUCAGAAGAUUCAUCUUCUUACCAGCCACUUUAGAGUCAACUUCACCAACGUCGAAACUCAAGAUUUCUUCCAAUACAGCGUUGUUAUCAAAUACGAAGAUGGGAGUCCUGUUGAAGCUAAAGGUAUUGGCAGACAGAUUCUUGCAAAAGUUCAGGAGACCUAUCAAAGCGCUUUGGGUUCCAAAAACUUUGCAUAUGAUGGCGAGGCGAUUCUCUUCACUGUCGGUCCUCUUCCCCGCAGAAAACUAGACUUCAAUGUUCUUCUUGAAGACAUGUCUUCUACGAGAACUGCUGGGACCAAUGGCGAGGACAUGAAAAGAUUAAGGCGUCCUAACCAAUCCAGGACCUUCAACGUUGAAAUCUCCUUUGCUGCAAAGAUCUCAAUCCAAUCUAUUAAAGGUGGUGCUCUUCAAGGAAAGGAAACAAAUCAUGUUCAAGAUUCUUUAAGAGUUCUUGAUGUUAUCUUGCGCCAGAACGCAGCUAAAAAAGGUUGCCUCCUUGUUAAUCAAUCUUUCUUCCACAAUGACGUAAAGUACUUUUCGAAAGACUAUGAAGGUGUUCAUCUAUGCAGAGGAUUCCAUUCAAGCUUCAGAACUACUCAGGGAGGCUUAUCCCUCAAUAUUGAUGUUUCGGCUACGUUGUUAGUAAAAGCUGGUCCUGUUGGUAGUUACCUUCUUGCAAAUCAAGGCGUGCAAGAUCCAUUCUCUAUUGAUUGGAAAAAGGCUGAACGUACUCUCAAGAAUCUUAGAGUUAAAGUCAUCACCACAAACAAUGAAUACAAGAUCACAGGACUAAGUGGAUUACGCUGCAAAGAUCAAACGUUUAUCUGGAAGCAAAAGAAAGGAGACGGGGAUGUAGAGGAGGUUGAGAUUAGUGUGUUUGAUUACUACAAGAAACACCAUGAAAUCAUACUCCAUGAUUCAGCUGAAUUUCCUUGCAUCAAUGUUGGUAGGCCGAAGCGUCCUCCUACUUACAUUCCCAUUGAGCUCUGUCAUCUUGUUUCUCUACAACGCUAUACGAAAGCUCUUACCAGUUAUAAGAGGACUAAUCUACUCAGAGAAUCAAUACAGAAGCCACAAGACAAGAUGAAUGUGUUAAACACUGCUCUGAAGAACAGUAAGUAUAACGAUGACCCAAUGUUUCAAGAAUGUGGUGUCAUCAUUGGCUCUGACUUCACUCAAGUGGAAGGCCACGUGCUACCAACACCAAAUCUAAAAGUGGGCUAUGGAGAGGACCUCUUGCCUAGGAAUGGGCGUUGGAAUUUCAAUCAUAAGAAACUUGCUGAACCAGCAACAGUUACUAAAUGGGCUGUUGUGAACUUCUCUGCUCGGUGUGACCCGUACAAGAUUAUUGAAGAUUUGGUCAGAUGCGGAAGGAUGAAAGGAGUUAACAUAGAUUAUCCAUUUCCUACUAUCAUUGAAGAGAAUCCUCAGUUUAAGGAUGCACCUGGUUCUGUAAGAGUGGAGAAGAUGUUUGAACAGAUGACAUCAGUAAUCCCAAAGCUUCCAAACUUCCUUCUUUGCAUACUCCCAGAAAGGAAAAACUCUGAUGUUUAUGGUCCUUGGAAAAAGAAAAUUCUAGUUGAAUCUGGAAUCGUGAAUCAAUGCAUGGCUCCUCAACGCAACGUAAACGAUCAGUACAUCACAAAUAUUCUCCUCAAGAUAAAUGCCAAGCUUGGUGGAUUGAAUUCAGUGUUAGCUAUUGAGAGAUCAGGAGGAAUACCUUCAGUGAUGAGAGUUCCUACCAUCAUUAUUGGGAUGGAUGUAUCUCAUGGUUCUCCACUACAGUCUGAUGAUGCACCAUCAAUUUCUGCGGUUGUGAGCUCAAGAGAAUGGCCAUUGAUCUCAAGAUACAGGGCUUUUGUGCGUACACAGUCACCUAAAGUCGAAAUGAUCGAAAAUCUCUUUAACCGCGUCUCUGAUAAAGAUGACGAUGGUAUUAUGAGGGAGGCCUUGCGUGAUUUUUAUUCCUCUUGUGGGAGGAAACCAGAACACAUUAUCAUUUUCAGGGAUGGUGUGGGUGAAUCUCAGUUUAACCAAGUUCUUAAUAUUGAACUAGAUCAGAUGAUGCAAGCAUGCAAGUUUUUGGAUGAGACGUGGGAUCCAAAGUUUACAGUGAUCAUUGCUCAGAAAAAACACCACACCAAGUUCUUCCAGGGAAAUCGACCUGAAAAUGUUCCCGCAGGAACAAUAAUUGACAGCAAGAUCUGCGAUCCACGCAACAACGAUUUCUAUCUUUGUGCUCAUGCUGGACUUCUUGGAACUACAAGGCCAACGCAUUACCAUGUGCUCUUCGACCAGAUUGGAUUUUCGACAGAUGAUCUCCAAGAACUUGUCCACUCUUUAUCCUAUGUGUAUCAGCGGAGCACAACUGCCAUCUCUGUAGUUGCGCCGAUACGUUAUGCGCAUUUGGCGGCUACGCAGAUGGGAACUGCGAUGAAAUUUGAGGACAGCUCCGAGAAACAAUCGAUCCAUAGCGGAAUCACCACAUCUGAACCAGUCCCGGUGCCUCCCCUGCCGAAGCUGCACAAGAAUGUUGAAACUUCAAUGUUCUUCUGC